AUGUCCAGUAAUGAGACCCAGAAAGUCGACCAGAUAGCACACCGCCUCUAUACGAAGCUCACUAUAGUGGUCAACCACGCCAGAGCAACUAUCGAGGCGCCUUCGCUCGCCAGGGUCGACAAAUGGUUCAAUCUGGAAACAGACUCUGACCUCUUCAAGGAGCAUACCCGUAUCUACCGGUCCAUUUCGUCCACUGCGGACCCGAUCCCACCCUUUCAGCUUCAGGUGGUACUAGUCGUACCCGAGCUGGCGGCGAACCAGGUGCUCGUAUACAUUGCGCCAGAUUCGUCGAAGACCUGUCUCGCCUCCUCAUGCAAGUACAUCCUGCUCGAGUCGUGGGACCUCGUCUUCUCGCGUGAUCUCGACUGGCAACGAAGUGGAGAGGAUCGCCCUGAUGCCUCGACAGCUACUAUGUACAAGCACAUCAUUACGCUGUUCCGCAGCUCGGUAACGCUGCUUCGUAUCUUGCCUGCGUGGAAGCUGGCUCGGCGGCUGCGGAGACGCCCUAGAGGGAACGGGGCCAACUUCACCAUCGAGCUGCACGCUGGGGAUGUGGAGGGGGGACGGACCUUGGGAUUUGGUACGUCCUUUGAAUGUUGA